AUGAGCGUACUACUGGAAACUUCUUUAGGUGAUAUUGUCGUUGACCUAUUGGUCGACGAGUCCCCUAAACCAUGUGAAAACUUCCUGAAGCUAUGUAAAGUCAAAUACUAUAAUUUUUCGCCCGUCCACAGCGUCCAGAAAGGUUUUACAUUCCAGACUGGUGAUCCCAUUGGACCCGAUUCCGCAGAAAGUGAUGGCGGAUCAUCGAUCUGGGGCCUACUGGAGGGUCCAUCAAAGAGGGCCUUCACACUCGAGAUCCCCCCGAAAUUGAAGCACGACGAGCGCGGAACCGUAAGCAUGGCGACAGUUCCAUCGCCUCACGAUCCCGACCUACGACUUGCUGCGAGCCAGUUUAUUGUGACACUCGGAGACAACCUGGAUUACUUGGACGGCAAAGCGGUGGUUUUCGGAAAGGUUGUGGAAGGGUUCGAUAUUCUUGAAAAGAUCAAUGAAUCCUUUAUUGACGAAGGAGGCCGGCCGCUUAAAGACAUCCGCAUUCGUCACACAGUUGUCCUUGAUGACCCUUUUGAAGAUCCUCCGGGUCUGGUAGAGCCGGCAGAAAGCCCUGUGCCGUCGAAAGCACAAUUGGCUACUGUGAGGAUUGCAGAUGAUGAAGAACUUGAUGACAACAUGGACGAAGAGUCCAUGGAAGCCCUUCGCAGGGAGCGGGAGGCAAGAGCACAAGCCCUGACAUUAGAAAUGGUUGGCGAUCUUCCAUUCGCUGAGGUCAAACCGCCGGAGAAUGUUUUGUUCGUCUGCAAGUUGAAUCCGGUCACGCAAGACGAGGAUCUUAACUUAAUCUUCAGUCGCUUUGGGCAAAUUCUGUCAUGUGAGGUCAUUAGGGAUAAACGAACUGGUGACAGUCUUCAGUACGCUUUCAUUGAGUUUGAACAUCAAAAGGACUGUGAACAGGCCUACUUCAAGAUGCAGGGUGUUCUGAUCGAUGACCAUCGCAUCCACGUGGAUUUCUCUCAAAGUGUAUCGAAAUUAUCCGACAGCUGGCGAAAUGCCACCGUCUCCAAACGCAGCGGCCAACGCGGUGGCUUUGGCGGUGUGGCUAGCCUUGAGAAGAAGCGACAGUAUCGAACGCCCGACAACCAUCAUCAACGACCGGAUGACUAUGCCAUGGUAUUUGGCAAACGCGAUACAAAGCGACAAUCCAUCCCUCGUGAGAGGUCUAAUAGCCGGAGUCCGCAAAGAAGCUCCCGUCGGGAUCGGGAAUCCAGUCGAAGCCCACGUUGCAACUCAUAUGGAGGCCGAUAUCGCGAUAGAUCAUAUAUCUCGAGCCCACCGCGGGAUGGAUCCUUUGGACAGAAGAGUCGAAGUCGAUAUUACAACCGCGAGCGGCAAGGACGAGAUAGCCGGGAUGACGAUCGAUACCGUCAAAGACAGCGUCGUUAA